UGCCUUUCAUGUUAAACAUUCAUUUAUCCUUCCCAUUUUGCCCUUUUCUUUCUUGCUUUUGCAAUGCUGACCCUUCUAGGGCUUUUUAGUCUUUUCCUGACGACGAUUCAAACCGGCUAUGCAUACCAGUUCAAGGUUGGUGGUUCCGGUGACUGGAGCCUUGCAGCAUCAUCCUCCUAUGAUCAAUGGGCGCAAAAAGGCCGGUUUCAAACGGGAGACACCGUUUUAUUUAACUACCAGGCUAAUGAGGACUCAGUGCUCCAAGUAACCGAAGCCGACUACAAGAACUGCAGCACAGCCUCACCGAUUGCAAAAUACAGUGACGGCCACACUAUGAUCACGCUAAACCAAUCCGGGCCUCAUUAUUUCAUCAGUGGGGUUGUAGAUCACUGCAAAAACCAUGAGAAAGUGGUGAUUAUCGUAUUGGCAGACCGAAGCAACCACACUUCCGACACUCCAUCUCCAUCUCCGUCUGCAUCUCCACCUCUACCUGCAUCUCCGCCAACUCUACCGCCAGCUCCCACCAGUGAACAGUUUGCCUCACCUCCACCCGCCCCAAGUGCACCAGAACCCGACCUCAAUCCGGCCCCAACUCCAGCUCAUUCGGACGAAAACCCUCCACCAUCUCCUACUCCAAGUGGUGCAUCUUCAACGGUCAUGGAUCUCUUUUGCUUUUUUGGAGCUUUGGGUGGUUUCUUUCUUCUUUAAGAUUUUUGAGUUUGUUGUGUUUAUUAUCCAUACACUUUGUUAAAUAAAUUCGUGGUAAUUGUGUUAAGCCGCUUGUGCGCGUUUGUGUGUAUAUAUGUAUAUGUAUGUGAACAAUAUUUGUAAGUGAAGCAAUUCAAGAAAAUAAGCAAGUAUAUUUGCAGUCCAA